AUGGAAAAGUGUGUUUUCUGUGGUUGGUAUCGACGUACGAGUGGUCCAGCAUUGAGAUUUUACGGAAUUCCACGUGAACCAGGCUUAAAGCGCGUGAGAUGGUUAUGUGCUAUUGGUGAUCGAGAAUUGUCACCGAAAGACAAGGUAUGUAGUAUACAUUUUCGACAAGGUCGACCAUCGAACGAUCCGUCACAUGAAGAUUUCGCUCCCCAUUUAUUUUUACAACGUUCGAUAUCACAGCCCGUUGCCAAGACGUUAACAUAUCUUGAAAGUCUUGCUAAUGAUGAUGAUUUCGAUGAAAUGCCCUCUAUAUCACGACCGGAACGCUCUGAACGUUUGCAUGCAUGCAAACCAUCAAUUUUACGAAAACGGCGAAAGCUCGCAUUAUCUUCAGGUGAAUCUAAGGGUACUAUCAAAAAUCCGCAAAACUAUUCGUCGGAAAAAACUUUGUUACCGGAGAUCCAAGAAGUGGAGAAAAGGCCAUCAAAAGAUGACAUACCAAACAUUGUGAUGUUCACGAAUCCUGUAACUGGUACGAAAAAACGUAUGAAAUUGCAACAUUUACCUCGACCGUUUGUUGAAGCAGUAGGCAUUAAGCCAGGCCAAACUGUAAUUAUCAAACGUCGGAUACGAGUGGCUAAAUCAGCACGAAAUCACACAGAAGAGUCCGACACUAUGGAAAAUGUGCUGGAAAAAGAAGAAAACCUUUUGGAAAAUACAACAAGCAUAUGUUGA